UGUUCUGUGACAAAUCGAUUUAAAAUUAAAUCGAAAAAAUACUAAUAUUAGUCUUACAUAAAAAUGAAAAUAAAUAAAAGAUAUUAAAAUAAUGAUAUAAGACAAUAAUAUAUAAUUAUCUAAACUAGAUUUCGUAUUUUUCGAUUCUCAUUUCAUUUUUUUCUUUUUUUACAGUCAAGAAUUAUCGGUCAUUGUACCAUUUUGAUUAUUAAGUUAUUUUUUUUAAUUCUCGUUAAAUAUUGAUUCGAUUACUAGCAAAUAGUAACAUACGGCAAUGGAAACAUGAUUGAUCAAACAAAUUUCAGGAAUGGAAUAUAUUCGAGACAGAGAAUGAAAUGCGCAGUUAAAGAACGAUACGAUAACACGGUGUUGCUCAUGAAAUGAAUAAGUUAUUUUUUCAAAUAUCCGUUUCCUAUCAUUUGUUUUGGUAAUGGCUACGAAUUUUUUGUCGAUCGGGAUCGCUUUUUGUAAAGAAAAAUUUUUCAAAAUACGAUGAAUUCAUCAAAUCAUGUUCUUUCGGAAACAUCGAUGUCAACGAUUCCCCGACAAAAUGGAAUACAAACACCAUUGACUUCUUUACAUUUCAACUUGGAUCAAGAAGAAAUCUUAAAAAGAGAAUCGAGUAACAAAGAAUCGAUGAUUGAUCAAAAAUCCAAAAAUCAGGAACAUAUUGUUUUUAAUAACUCGGAAAUCUCUUAUGAGGAAUAUAUAGAAGAUAUAGAAGAGGUGGAAAAAGAACGAGCGAAAUCCUUCGAUGCACCACGUCGCGUUUUAUCAUUGGUGGAAAAAUGGCGGGAAUGGCAGGUUAUUUCGAUGUACUACGUAUCAAGAUCGGCAACGAUCGUGAUUGAUCACGCCGAUAUCUACGGCAUAGCGACGUAAUGUGAUUCAAGCCAGUCAAUCUGAUUUAUUUGUGUUCGGUAUUUUUCAAUCAGUCAGUUUGGCAAAUGUAUUGAUAUCCAAACACCGCGAUCGUUUUCGAAAUAAAAUUUUUUCGAAUUGCGAAAAAAAUAUUUUUGAUUGAUUUAGAAAGAGGCGAUGGCAGCGUUAGCUGAACAUGAACCUGAUAUACACAAGCCAUGGAAAAUUUUACCUACAGAAAAAAAGAUUGAACCUGGUAUUGAAGUUCCCAUUCGAAUUGAAGACAUUAGAGAUAAAAUAAUAAAGGAUUUGCAAGAUAAUAUCCGUAUGGAACAACAAUAUGAAAAAGAAAGGAAGGAAUUCGAAGCGGAAGAAGCGAAGAAUCGUCAAAAACAAUUGGAACAGACGCAUACAAUUCUUUCUCGGCACUGGAGAGCAUACAUGAAGAAUAUGAUAAAGUUAGAAGAAGAAGAAAAUUGGGUUCGAUAUAUGACUUGUGAUGGUCUUCCGAAUCCUGGAUUGCUAUCUGACAUGAAUACGUUUUUGUUUCUUUGGUCAUUGGAAGAUGAACUUGCAACUAUGGAUACCAUAGAAGAAAAAUGUCGAGUGAUCAUACAUUUAUUGAAUAAACUUGAUAAAAUUAUUCGCUUUUCCACGUUAAUUACGAAAGAAUAUGUGACUGAAUGUGAAACGAUCGCUGCCCAACUUCGAUUAAAGCUGCAACGAUGGAUAGAUCUUGCAUGUUAUCGUAUGUUACGUAACAUCGAGACAAACAUGACUAGAGAAAAUACAAAAACAACUAGAUAUGUUCGGACUACGAACAAAGCAAUAUGUUGUGUUUGGGCUCCGAUCACGUUACCAAUAGGAAUGAAACGACAAGUAACGGAAAGAGAUCGAUUAUCAGUAUUUCCCGGAGUUGGAAAAUGCAUUGAAAUAGAAUUCAAAGAAAUAAAAUUGAGAAUUAAAAUGCCAAGUGACAUGGAUUGUCAUUGUAUGGCGAUUAGAGGUUUAUGGCUUGCUUACGAUCAUUAUUCGAUUGGAUCGAAUUCUUAUUGGAUGUCCAAACUUCCAGAGUUAUUCGAUUUGUGGAAUCCUACUCUCGGUCUUUUUGAAUAUUCAGUAAAAGAAUAUGAUGAAAAAAUUCGAAUAGGCGAAGAGCAAGCAGAAGGAAGACGUUUGCGAUUAGAAGAGAAAAAAGCGAUACUCGAAAAGUUAGAGUAUCCUUCGGUACCGCGAAUCGAUAGAAGAAAACGUGUUAGAAAGCAAAAAAAAUCUUCGCCGAAAGAUCAUCAAACAGAAUUCGAAUCCAUGUUGACUUCAAUAUUACCUUCGAAAUCAGAAUUAUUACCUUAUUUACCCACCCCAAAUGAGAUCAUUCUUGAAAGGGAAGAAAAAGCUAUGUCAGAAAGUAAAAAAUUAUUAUUCACUCGAUGCGAAAAAACGGAAGUGAACUUGCGAAAAUAUAAAAUUCUCGGUGGAGUAUUUUGCGUGGAUAUUCUCUAUCAACCACCGCAACCGAAGGAUCUUGGAAAAGAUACUUACUUGACAACUCUCGAGUUACCGAAAGAACCAAAAUUUGUGCCAUUUUAUAAACCAUAUGAAACACCUCAGUCAGAUCCAGAUUCCGAGAGAACGCCGGAAAUUAUCGAGGCUGAAAUGAAAGCUUUAGAAGAGGCAAUGGAUGCAUUAGUCUUGCUUACUCUCAAAUUGCCCGACUCGGUUUUCUGGUUUGAACCACCAGUAGUCGCUCAUUGGUUACCAGAAAAAAGGAUAUGGUCAACAAAAGACAUUCACGAUAUUAAAUACAAUGAAGAGAAACAAACAAUUGCUUUCAGAACUGGAAGAUUGGGUAUUCAUGGAUUAGCUGGAUAUAAAUACGCAAAUCUUCCAUUUCAAAGUUGGGAAUUGAAACCAGAAACGAAAAAAAGUGGCUGUGUUCACAUUGGAGUAAUUCUCACUGUUACAGCUGCUAUGGUUCAAGCUGAAUUUCUUAUCAGGGAAGAUCAAGUUUGUUUAAAAUCAUUCACUGGUAUCACGUCUACACCACUUGAAGAAAUUCUCGGUGAAUAUUUCAAAUUAGAAUAUUUAAUUGAGCGGUUACAACAGGUUGGAUGUGAUCUCUUUCCGGAACGAGAUGCUGCCAGUUAUUUGAAAGGACUCCCAAUAAAACACCCGAUUGCAGAGAAACAUUUAAGAGAAUGUAUGGCUCUUUUGUCUACUUCUUAUAUUUUUUCAUGGUCACGAUGGAAUGCGACUCGAGACUUUCGAGAAAUAGUUUUACAAUUCAAAGAAGCACACGGUUGUAUUGCUAAAGAGCGUACAAAUCAAAUGCUCUUGGUGACACCUUCGCGAACUAUGCGUAUACGUUGUACUGAAGUCAGUUCUGAAUUUUCCGAUUUACCAUUCGAGGAUCAAGAUACUAAGUACUAUGCUGACCUUUAUCAGCUGGCAUUACAUACUGCCGGAAUCAAGACUCGAUUGUUAACGAAACAAAUUACAUAUAAAUUAGCAUCAACGGUUACUCAGCUUCUUGAACGUACCAAUGUAAUCAGCAUGUCUUCUUAAUCUGAUCAAAUCAUUUGUCAAAAAAUAAAUACUAUGUUAUAAUAUAUAAUAAACAUAUAUAAUAAAUGUUUCAAAAAAAAUAAAAAGGAAAUAAAAUUCAGUAAAAAAUUCGUUUCUCAAACGAAAUUCUCUUUAUUCGAAUAUACAACAUGUGUCGAGCAUCAAGCAAUAUUCAGGAAAUAAAUAUCUCCGUUCGAUCAAUUUAUCAACGAUAUUAGUUUAUAAAACAAUAUUUCGAAGAAAACACAUAUCGAAUUUAUGGUUAAAAAGUUAAUGAAUGUAUUUCAUUCUUGGGUUGGCAGGAGAAGGAUAAAAUAACAGUAUAAAAUAGAUAUGUAUGAUUGAGUCGGUUAUUAGACUCAGAAUAAAAGAAUGAGAUAUGAAGCAAAUAACAUAUUCAUUAAGAAUUUAUGAGAUUUGAUCGAUAAAAUAUAAUACAUAAAUAAGCAAUACAAUAACAAAAAAACGAGAGCAUUAAAUCUGUAUGAUCAAAAUAUUAUUCCACGAACAUAGCUACAAGAAUUUGACUAAUGCAAAUAUCUUGUUAAGCAGAUAUUUGACUAAGCAAAUCUAGCUACGCGGAUCUGUUCAUGCAAUUUUCGACAAUGAAUGAUAUAUAUCAUCGCGAAAUUGCAAUUAUAUUUCGAACGGAGUUCGUUUCUUUUUUCGUUUGUUAUUUUAUUAUAUAUCCCUCCCCCUCUCCUUUCCUCCCCCCUCCUCUCGUUUUCUAUCAUUUGUAAAUACAUAGUAUUUAUUAAAAAAAAUUUUCUUUUAACAUCUUGUUCUAUUUAUCUUCCUCCUUUUUUCAUUCUUCUUUUUCUUAAUCUUCUUCUUAAUAGAACAAUUCUGUAUGUAUACAACAAACAAGAGAAGUUAAAAAAUAUAUCAUGUAUUUACAAGGAUAGAACAUAAUCGAUCGUGAAAUUUCUCUUCAUCAUUUAUUCGCUUUUGUUUUACCUUCUUUUCUCUUCUUUUUUUUUUAUAUUCUUAUAUUUGCGCUUACUUCUUUGACUUGAUCAAUAGAAUUCUGUUUAUUUUAUCUAUCAUUUCUACGCGUAUAUUUUCAUUGUAUAUUCUAACGCACAAUAUAUCAAAUAAUAAUACAUUGUCACAAAAUUUCCUCUUCUGUUUCGAAGAGAUGAAAUAUGAUCAAGGAUCAUAUAUCAUUUUAUAUUUACUAUGUUUUCUAUCUAACAUUUAUGUUUCUACAUAUUCUCUUCCCUAACAUUUUUCAAAUUGUUUUAUUUGAAUGAAAUCAAGCUUUUCACCUUUUCCUUAUUUUUCAACUUUUCUUUUUUUUUCCGUUUAGAACUUUAAACAAAAGCUAAUUCACAUAUUAAUCAAAUAACUUAUACAUAUAAUUAGAAUUUGUCAAUUUGAAAAUUGAAAGACAAAUUGAAAAUUUCAUAUAUAUAAUAUAAAUACUAUAAUAUAAUAUAAUAUAAUAUAAAUACUAAUAUAAAUACUAAAUCUGAAAGAAAAAUCAAUAAGUUUUUUUUCAUAUAAUCAUUCGAAUAUAUAUUGAAAAAAAUUAUUAUGAAGUAACACAAAAGAAAAAACAGAAAAUUCCAUCUUUUUUUAAUAAUUCGGUCGAACGAAAGAUCGAAAAUCUAAAAAAAGGUAGUAAUCGCGUUUUACGCGGUUCUAAUAUCAUAUCAAUUUGAUUCCAUGUUUUGAUUCACUCUUAAUCGAAUAAUGCCAUAUUCUCAAUUUACUAUUAGAUAAUGACACGCACAAACAUAACAAUAAUACAAGAUGAAUAUCUAAUUUCAAUUUCACGUUUGAUUUGUUAUAUUUUUUAAAUAUUGAAAAAUGAAUUGUUUUUAUGAAAUCGGUUUAAAAUCUUAUUAACGUUUGUUUUAUUGUAGUCGCAAACUAGAACUUGACUGUCAAGUUGUUUACGAUUGAGGUAAUCCAUGGUAUAAGGCCCAAUUCGCAUCCAAUUCGAAUUAAUUUGUACACUAUGUAAUAUACAAUAUAUAAUACAUAUGUUGAUUGAAUUUAAAAUAUAGGUUUUGAAAUUAACAUGUAUUCUAUUUAUAUAAAAAAACAAGAAGAGGAACAAGAAAAAAAAAAGAGGAAGAGGAAGAAACAGAGGAAGAAAAGGGAGAGGGAGAAAAAAAAAAAUAAAAAAUUUCGCAAUAGAUUAUUUGAACAAUAAAUCUUUGGCGCCAGACAAAUUAAUUCCAUAGAGAAAUUAUAUUUUAUCAUUAUAUAUCUAUUUUCAUUGUUAAUUUAAAAAAUAAAGAUAUGCAAUUGUAAUAAUAUUAUAUGCACAUUAUAGUUCAAUUGGCCACCGAUCAUUAUUGUUGAACGAAUCGUGCGAAAACUUUUUCAUGUUUUACCGCAAUUUAAAUAAUUCUUAAAUUUUCAAUUAUUAAACGAAGCAAUUAUAAAAAAUUAAAAAAAAAAAUUAAAAAAUCUAAAAAGAAAAAGAGAAAGAAACAUCCAGGAGCCGGAAAACAUGUUCAAUCCGCCAUUCGCGUUUACUUUUGGCACUUUUUCUCCAAUUAUAGACUAAUUUUCUAAAUGAUCGCGUAUAAUCAUGUAUAAUCAUUUAAGAACGCAUUUACAUUACGAUAGUUGACUAAACACGAUCGAGCGACGAUUGAACAACAUAUGUAUAUACUUAUAUAUAUAUAUAAACGCACAAUUCAUUUAAGAACUAAACGCUAUGAAUUUUGCACAUGGCAUUUAUCAGAUGCAUACACGCUCGCUCGGUCUUCGAUUUUAAUUAAAUAAGAUCGUUUCAACAUUUUUUUUUAUUUUUUCCUUUGAGGGAGGGGGGAAUUUAUUUUUUUCUAACAGAUUUAUGCCAAAUCGUAAUAUUUUUUUGUUUUUGCAUUUCAAUUAUUAUGCAACAGUAUAAUAUACAAUCUACGAUAUACAAACGUUAGUCUAAUUGAUUUUUUGUGCUACCUGAUAAUUAGGUGUACACACAUAUGCGUAUUUGUGCAAAUUUUUUUUAAUUUUAUAUGCAACAGUGCUCGUAUAUACACACACACACAUGUAUAUAUAUGUACAUAUAUGUAUGUAUGUAUGCGUAUGUACAUGGACAUAAGUAUAUACGUGCGUGCGUGCGUGCGUGUGUGCUCUCGUGCGUCGCGUUUAAUGCUAUCAACAUGGAAAUACAAUAUACGUUUAUGUGAUGGAUUUAGACGAAUUUAACAUAACACGAGAAAAAUCGAUUGAUUCUCGUGUAAAAAUUCGUCGCUCGAUCUCGCUAGCGUGAUAGCUUGACUAAAAAGCGGCACGCUUUUUAUACACUCAAUUAUUAUACACUAGUAAUUUGUUAAUUUGUAAAACCACAUAAUGUAAAAAUAUUCGAUCAGUCAUCGAUUAUGCUACUCAGAAUAUAUCUUUGCUGCAAUAUCGAUUUUUACACUUUCAGUCUACAAAUGCAUCUAUGUAACCUAAAAGCGCUACGCUAAACGUAACUACGUAACGCUUUUCAAUUUGCGAAUAAUUAGAAUUAUCGUUGUUUUUUUCACGACGCACUGCACAUUCGACACAUAUACAAGAAUAUUCGCAUUUCGACACACAAAUAUCACACGUAUAUGCAAACGUACAUGUACACGUACACGAGCGCAACAUACGUAUAAUGUAUGCAAAAUCGCCAUCUGAAUUUGAUCUCAAGGAUCUUUCUACGUGUUAUCGUCAACAACAGCAAACUAUCGAAUUUAACGCUUAAGAUUAUUCAAGGUGUAACACCGAUCACAAUUUUCAUCGCUUUCAAAAGAUUUCCGACUAGGUCGAUACAAAAAUUCCGUCAAAAAUAUCGCUGUUUUAUGGAUUCUACUUAUGAGAAUUCAACAUUAUAUUCCGGUGUCUUGCUCCAAUUGUAUUUCUAUGCGAUAAUCAAUGAUAUGUCAUAAAAUAAAGAAACAAAAAGAAGAAAAAAUAAUAAAACAAAAAUAAAUGUUUAAAAGAAAAAAAAAGAAAUGAUUGAUUUGAUCCCGAAUAGAAGGAUAUAUAGUAAACAAAUACAAAAAAAUACAA